AUGCCAGCUUCUGUGUGCUGUACAAAUUGCCGAACCAAAUACAGUCUUCUGAAUCGAGAAGAAGGAUGUUCCAGUUGUGCACUUUCAUUUUGUAAAAAAUGUGUGGCAUAUCGAGCACUUAUUCCAAAUCUAUCGGAUAAACCAUUGACUGUUUGUUAUGAUUGCUAUAAAAAGUUAGAAGAAAAGAAGAUGAAAGAGCAGAGAAAUAAUGUGAUUGUGAGUUUUUUUUUGAGACUAUAAAUCAAAAAUUACUCGAUUUUCAGAUCACAAGUACACCACUUCCUCCUCCACAAAAUAUUCAAUCAACAUCACAAAAUUGGUGGGGAGAUGGCUUACCACCGCCGUCAUUUCGAAGUUCUUAUAAUGCUCCAAGACCUGUUCCUCCAUCUAGAAAAAUUCGAGAAAAUCAACCUCAGAUAAUCCCGGAAGAUGUUGAACUCGAAGCUCGUCGUCGAGAACUCAAUAAAGUUCCCGAACCUUUAUCAAUCGAACAAAUUGAACAACGACUUGCCGAAUUACGAGGAUGUGAUGUUGAAGUUAUUCGAAACCCUCGAAGUUAUUUCGAAAAUCCGAAAAUGGAUUACGAUGCGAAAAAUCCAAGAGAUCUGAUGAAAAUAGCCGAAGAUAGAGCUAGAAUUGAAGAAAAAGAAGAGGAAGCUGAGAGAAAAGAUUUGGAUGAACUCGAAGCACGAAGACGAAAAAUAUUUGAUAAGGAAAAUGAAGAGAAUAAUGAUGAUGAAGAUGAUGAUGGAAAUGGAAAUGGGAAUAUUAGGGAGUCAGUGGCUAGCGAAUUUAGUAUGGCAACACAAGAUCAAAUGAGAGAAAUUGAUGAGUUAGUCAUUUUCGGGGGUUUUUAGACGACUGGGAAAAAUCUGUUUAUUUUUGAACAUGAACAACAGAUACUCGAUUUUAUUCCAAAAUUUAUAACCGAUAUUUUCAAAUAAUCGGAACCUGAAGCAUUUAACUUCUACCUUUUUAAUAAAAUCAGUUCAUUUAAAAAUGGAUUUUCACGGUUCACGUCAUAAAAAUCGAAAUUUUCGAAAAUUUUAUUUUUUUUGAUUUUCAAAAUUUUUGAAUUUUAUUUUUAAUAUUAUUUUUACUGAAAAUUGUUCGAUUUCUUUGAAUGAAAUAUAUAUUCUUGUCAGUAUGCUCCAAGAUGCUGAGAAAAAAGUGGCCGACACAAAAAAACAAGAAAAUAUCGAUUCAUCGGAACUUCGGGAACUUAUGGCUAUAACUCGACAAAAAUCAUUGGAUGCAAUGCAAUGGAACAAUAAAAUAAGCAAAGAAAUUGGUGGUUUUUGGGAUCGACAAAACGAUAAACUAAAAGUUGAAGAAGAUGAAGAUGAUGAAAAAUCGCUAGAUGAAGAGACUUUUAAGAAAAUUAUGUAUGAAGCUGAAAAUACACCGGAUUUGCCAGCGGAAACGAAACAAAAAGAUAGUCAAGAUGUUCAGGAAUCGCCCAAAAAACGAGGAUUUUUCAAUAAGUUUUUCAAAAAAUAG